UAUGCAGACAGCACGGAGUAGCGACAGAUCUACAAGCAGCAACCCUGGCUUGAACAGCGCUGGUGACAGCAAGUCCGGCACAUCCAAGAAAGGACCGUCGAGCUGCCCUCUGCUGUCCUCCUACUUCAUCGACAGCAUCUUGGGAAGCGGAAUCGGUAGUGGCAAGGGCGCGGAGAGUCCUGCAGGCGAAGGAGGGACGAGGGUCAGCGAAACGGGUCGGGAUACCGUGAACGAAAUCACUUCUGUUGAGACAAGGGGCCGCCGGUCAGAAGUGAAGCUGCUGUCCGCUCCACUGGACCCGCUGAAAGAACCCGGCUCGCAGGCAGCGAGUAUCAUACACGCGAUGGAGACACUUUACUCCAAUUAUAUCAAAUCCCAUCACAUCUGCGAUCCGGGAAACGUCCCAGCCCAGGAGCAUCUGCAGCACGCAGGUACCCGGGGCGAGCGAGAGGUAGAAACAGGUGUGAAGACAGAUGACAAGCCCGGUGAAAGACUGCCGGAGGACGCGAGGGGGGCGCGCCUGGAGCAGAAAGAAGCAGCGCCGGUACAGAACCACUUCACAAACUUCCAGUUAGAGGAUUUAGAGAGAGCGUUCAGGAAAUCUCACUACCCAGAUGUGUUCUCAAGGGAGGAAGUAGCAUUGCGUCUUGAUUUAACAGAAGCCCGUGUGCAGGUUUGGUUUCAGAACCGCAGAGCUAAGUGGCGGAAGUGUGAGAAGGCUGCCGUUCUCAGUAACGCUCCCAGCUUAGCCAUGGCGAGCCCCCUCAGUGUGUAUCUGGACCUUCCCCUGAACCAGCCCUCGUCUCUGGACCUCGCUUGGAGAUCCACCCGUAUCCCGGUACUCGAGCUCCCCCCCUCCCCCACGGCUCCAGUCUUUAACCCCACUGCUGUGGGAAACCUGGGCCUCGGAGCGCUGACCUGGGCCUCCUUCCUGAGACAUCCUCUCCUCAACCCACAUUUCAACAGAUUCUUCACAGCAGUAAGCCCUCUGAUUGGCACGCCCUCACUGCUCAUGAAAUCCCCCGGACAGUCCUUCCAGCCCGCUUCCCUUGUCAUGACGGACCCCAUGACCAAUGAAAGAAAAACCUCCAGCAUCGCAGAGCUGAGACUCCGAGCGAAGGAGCACUCUGCACACAUGCCACCGCAAGAUACCUAGCCGUCAGAGACUACUGUGUUGUGCCUGCAGAACCCUGACAAAUGCUACCCUGUCCAAGCAAUGGCAUGUGUGAAGCAGCAGCCCAGGGGAAGGCAGGUGGGUCCUGUUACUUGCAUCGACACCAUGUUUGAUUUCACUAUGACUCCUAACUCAUACACAGUGCGGUGUGUAUGCUGUGUGCUGCACACAAGGACUUCGCACACAAAGUUUCAAGAAUGCACAUGCAGUACUUUUCAAGAGAUGGUUUGGCAGAGGACUUUCCCUGGUGCUCGGAUUUGUUAUGCAUAGGGCUCCACCUUUGUAGCCCUGUAUUGAGGAGUUUUAGUUAAGAGCCCAUGUCCUUUGUGUUCCAGCUCUUUAGGAGAAUAAUAACCAGCUCUUAUCCUCUACCUCCUCCCUAGUUUCAUCCCAAUGCAUCUUUUAUUAAAGUGGAACCAAAACCUACAGGGCUGGUCCAGGAAAAACAGGGUAAACUGAUUUACUGAACUGUGACAUUUACUAUUAAGUGCAUC